AUGGUGAUCUGGGCUAUCUGGAUCGCUGUGAUUGGAAAUUUUCUCGUUUCCCAAUUCACUAUCUCCUAUUCGCCGCUGUAUCUGUCGUAUGUUCUCGGAUAUCCCACGACUAUCGCUGGAGUUCUCACAAUUGCUCCACUGGGCGCUCAGUUGGUUAUAAAACUGUUUACUGGUCUCGCCUCAGACCGCCUCACGUGCCUGCCAGAGGUGGGCAAGCUGCGCCUCUUCAAUUCCAUUGCACUUCUUGGCUCCGGGCUUUUCUUUAUUCUGUUGGCAGUGGUUUCACCAGCUGGCGGGGCUAUUGAUGUGGUUCUUAUCAUAAUCCCGAUUGCUCUGCUUGGCUUCACUUCUGGCGGUUAUCCAAAAUGUGUGGUGAUAGUAUCCCAGCAACAUACUCCGUUUGUAAUGUCUAUCGUGCAGAUUAUCGCCUGUGCUUCACUGCUAACCGGAUCGUUUCUGGUCCCAGCGCUCACCAAAAGACGAUACUUUCGAGCAAUGGCGGAACGUAUUCCUCAUUUAUGCAUUCGUGCUGACAUUGUCAAAUACGAUUUUCAUCGCAUUUGCAAGAGGUGA